GACGGACGCGUUUUUGUGCUUUUCAAGUUUCUUACAUACAUUUUUUUGAAAUAUUUAUGGUGUUAUGUUAUUGAAAAAUUUGACUCAUUUUUUCGAGUGGGCUUUCUUUUAGACGACUCUGAAUGUUCGAAGACUUCAAGGAAUUUUGUGUUUUGUGAUAAAAUAUUGAAGUGUUCUCGUGUUCUGGGAUUUGGUGGCGAUCUAUGGGAUACGAUUGCGAGCAUGCCGUCGAAAAAGUGAGAAUAAGGGUUCCUGGGAACAACAUGGCGACAUUCAUGCAGAUGAUUGACGACAGAGAAGAAACAACAAAACAGUGUGGAAACGAUAGACUGCCUACCUUGAAAGAUAUUGAACAAAAAAACGAUAAAUUAAAAUACAACAAAUUAAAAAUAUCACCCGUUGAUAUGAACUGCUACAAAAUUAAAAAACCAUAUAUACUGUACAAUAACUUUAGAUAUAAACAAGAUCUAUCAAGGAUUUCUAUAAAAAGAGAAUAUGGUUUUUAUAGCUAUUGUUUUAUUAGUGUAUGUUUAAGUUUCAUAUUAGGAUUACUUAUCGGAGUGGCAAUAGUAGGAUCUCCCGAAACAAGGAUGAUUUCCCCUAGUUAUAGUUCUAGAAAUGUUGUGAGAAUAAACACUACUCGAGAUGGACAUUCGAGAAGCUUAAAUUCACUUAAAUUGACUGAUAAUUUUAAGGUAGAUAAAGAAUUUAUAUAUUCCAAUAAAGAAAAAAACUUGGACAGGUUUGCUACUGUGUCAUUUACGGGUGCAAUUGAACCUCAUAAAUAUAAAAUGGAUGUAUACCCUAAAGGACUUACAGAUGAUAUGAAAGAAAUUUUAAAAGAUAAUAAAGUAUCACGCCAUAAGCACACUAUACUAAGUGUUGUGAAUACAACACUACACGUACCUAAUAGUGAAACUGUUUUAUAUGAAAACAUAUAUUGGGGCCCCGAAGUAGAGAAUUCUAUGCCCCAAGGUUAUGGAGAGAAUUCAGCUGAAAUAUGGGAAAGAUAUGUUAACCAAAGUGAAAUUAUUAAAUUGGAGACAGGCUGUGGGAGAAUGCAGAACAGAUUGGUAACUUUUAAAGAUGGAAUUCAAGCGUGUGUGCGUUAUAGACAGAAUACGGAUCAAAUACAGGGAGAAAUCUUUAGCUUUUAUGUAGCACGAUUAUUAAAUUUAACAAAUGUUGCCCCGUCUGUGGUCAAAGUCGUUGACUUAAAAGACAAACUAUGGCAAAGCGUAACUAAUGAUAUAUCUUCAGCACAAUGGAACACAAAUCGUGCUGUGGUAUUGACUCAAUACAUACCAAGCUUAGAAUCUGCAACCAUACCAGAAAUUUUCAAACCUUCCAGUCGACAUUUAAACAAAAAUGAUGUGUUUACAAUGUCAUUAAAAGAAAACGAUACGAGUGAUACUAGUAAACAGAUCUUAAUAGAUAAACUAAGGAUGAAAAAUAUCAAAACCAAAAAAGAGGAAGUGGAAAGCUUUGACUACAUAGACGCGAAACUGAACAGAAAAACAAUAGAUUUGUUUGUCGAGCUAGCACAGUGGUCAGACCUCAUUAUAUUUGACUACCUUACAGCAAACUUAGAUAGAAUUGUUAACAAUUUAUUUAACUAUCAAUGGAACAUAAAUAUUAUGGAUGGUCCGGCACACAAUCUAGCAAGGAAAAUGGACAGUGGACUCUUACUCUUCUUGGACAACGAAUCUGGACUUUUACAUGGUUAUAGACUGUUGAAAAAAUAUAACAUGUAUCAUAGUCUGAUGCUCGAUAAUCUGUGUGUUUUUCGAAAGAAAACAGUGGAUGCGUUAAAACAUUUGUAUGAAACAUCAAUCGGUUCGAAACUCAGUGAUAUAUUUCAUAAGAAAAAUAAUGCAGUGAUUAGAGACAUUUUACCACCUUUACCAGAGAAGAAUGCAAAAAUUUUACACGACCGGAUAGGAAAAGUCUUGAAUCAAAUCGAAAAGUGUGAACAGACAUUCUCAAAUAAUAGAUAGGGUUUUCAAUUAAGCUCGCACUAAUCAUUUCAAUUGAAGCUUAUCUUUUUAAUUUAUUUAUUUUACUGUAAAUUUGUAAACAUAUAUAACAAGCAAGUGUAAUUUAUAUAUGGAACUUAAAAUGUGAUAAGACAAAACACUGACAUUAUGGCUUAAAUUUGCCUUGAUGUAGGUAUGCUACUAUUGUUUCAAAAUUACCGUUAUAUAAAUUAUAAAUACUCCUAUAUAUAAAUAUAAUAUGUAA